AUCAUGACCGCGAUCUGUCGAUGUGCUGACGAGUGAAAGAUAACCCCUAUGGCGCGCCGCCCGCCUACGGAGGCUACCCCGGAUCCAACAAUGCUGCUCCCGGCAUGGCUCCCCCACCUGGUCUAGGACCUCCUCCAGGCAUGUCUUCUGCUCCGGGAAUGGCGCCUCCGGGUGUCCAGCAGUCUAGCGCCACGCAAGCUAAUCGUCCAAGCGGCCUCCCCCCCAACUUCCAAGCGCCCGCCAACAUGCCCAACAUCAACUUCAACGCCCCCGUGAUCCGACUCGGCACCGCUGCGGGCAAGUCUGGCCCGCCGCAGAUGGGUGGCCGAGGCGACGGAAUGUCUGGGUCGUCGGGCGGUGGACGCCAGGGUCUCGGCAUGGAGAGGGGGAUGGACCAGGGAAGGGCUGCCGCCAGGGAGGCCAUGCAGGUCCUCGUGCCGCCGACCAACGAAGAGAAGCUGCGGACGAUAUUCAUACACCAGAUUUCGGACGGCGUGGGCGGUGACGAAGGCAUUGAGAGACUCUUAUCAGCCGUUGGCAAGCUCCGAAAAUGGGAUGCGGCUGUUAGCGUGACCGAAGAACACAAGGGAUCCAAGUUUGGGUUUGCACAGUUUGAAGAUACAGAGUCGCUCGCCGUCGCCAUCAAGCUACUCCACGAUGAAGAGGUUGAGGUCCCUAAAAAGCGACAGCAGGCAUCCGCAGAACCCCCCAAAGAUGAUACGUUUGAAGGAAUCGACAAGGUGAAGCUCCAGGUCGCCGUCGAUCCCAACUCGGUCAAGUACGUCGAGUCGUACGAAGAGGGCCGAGACGAAUCGGACACGACAGAGAGGAUAGCAGCUGCCAGGGCCGCUCUCAAGGAAGUCAUCCGAGAAUUGUUCUAUCCCACCACUACAGCAUCCGACAGGGACGUCAAAAUGGGCAAUAACGAGUCUGGUGAGAAUGUCGAAGUAGUCAACAUCCCCCUCGCUCAAGACGACGAGCUUGCAGAUAUCCCCGCCGAGAUGCGUGAGGUUGUGGCACAGGAAAUUGCAGCCUUCCGCGAGCGCAGCACAAGACGAGACAUGGAGCGUCUCAAGAGAGAAGAGGAGAUGGAGGAACAGGAAAGACAACGAAACGGCGCACCUCGACCAUCCCGCCUCGACUCGCCGCCUCCAGGUGCCAACAUUAUCCCUCUGGGACCUAGGGGAAGCGUGCCUAACGCGCCGUCAGGACCCAAGGGCCAGAAUGGACAGAACCGCAUCGCCUUUGUCAAUGGUGGUGUCUCCAACGCAGAGUACUCGAUUAACAGGGAAGACGAGGACACCGAUGCCGACGAUGAAGAGCUUCACCGCCGACACCAAUCCAAAACCAAGGCCGACGCUGAAAAGAUGUACCUGGAGGCCGAGCGGAAAUGGGGCAACCGAGAACGAUCAAGACAAGCCGCUCUUGAGCGUGAGCGGGAUCGUGAGCGUCAAGAUGCAGAGUCGCUGGAGCGGAGAAAACAGGAGCAGCUCGACCGGGAAAAGGCUUGGGACGAUGAAAAGGAGUCAAGUCGCAAAUCGCAUCCCUACUACCGAGACCACGGCGACUGGGCGCGCAAGAGAGGCAUUGACCGAGCAGAAGAGGAGGCGAGAGAUGAGAGUGACCGAAGAGCAGAAAACGACGAACAGCGUCGUGAGCAAGCAGCCAUGGAACGGGCACGCGGUAUGGCAGACUCGUUCCUGGACAAGCAGGCUCACGAGAUGGAGGAGCGCCAGGCUCCCUCGGUAUCGGCGCCUCAGCCCUUCAAGCUCUCGCUCGGCGCCGCAGCUCAGAAGGCUCAGGCCUCACGAGCGGCUCCUCAGCGACGUACUAUUGCCGAGGUGGAGGGUCUGCUGGACGACGAAGAGGCAGAUGUCUCGACCAAGCGACAACUCAUCCCGAUCCAGUUCGAGCCCAACUCCGCAUCGGCUUCGAUGACCGAGGCGGAGAUCUCGCAGGCCGUCCGGGCUCUGGCACACGAGAUUCCCGCAGACAAGGAUGGGCUCUGGAACUGGAAGGUCAAAUGGGACUACAUGGAGGAGGGCAUCAUCCGCGACAAGCUACGGCCGUUUGUUGAGAAGAAGAUUGUCGAGUAUCUGGGUGUGCAGGAGGAGAUGCUGGUGGAGGCUGUGGAGGAGCACUUGAGGCGCCAUGGCACUGCGGCCGCCCUGGUCGAGGAGCUAGAAGGGGCACUGGACGACGAAGCAGAGGAUUUGGUCAAGAAGCUGUGGCGCAUGGUCAUCUUCUUUACCGAGUGCGAGAAGAGAGGACUGCCUGCUUAAGAGGCGAGAGGCUGGGACGUAAGGUCAAGGACGGAAGAGGUGAGAGGUCAACGGACGGAACAGUGAUGGACUCGUAUUGUACCACUAGCACAGAAGACUUGCAGAUCCACGGAGUUGCAAGAGAGACGGUUGGAUCUUGAUAAUAUUCAUUCUCGAUGGCUGCUGCUGGGGAUUCCCAGAGAGCGGGAGGCUGGCGUUGAUGCUUCUGCCAAAAACACCAUGUUGUACUAUUUCGUCUUGAGUGUCAUCGAGUGUCGUUGAAGUGAUGAGAGUUAAGACCCGUUGGUGGUGGAAGACUAUGCCCGG